AUGGAAAGUGAAAUAAUACAAAUAAAUAAAGUACAAAAUCAACAAGAUGAAAAAGAUGAUAGUGGAAUUGAACAAGAUAAUAGUUUUAUUUAUAUUCGAAUAGCUGUUGAAGAUCAUAAUUUACAGAAAGUACUUAAAUUCAAUUUGGAUGAUACUAUAUGGAGUGCGAAACAAAAAGUCUUACAAGUUCUUGUUCGAGUAAGUUUUUGUUAUUAUAAUAAUGUUAAAGAAAAAAAAAAAAAA